AUUGAGGCUGAGCUAGAUGCGUUGGACGAAGCGCGAAAUGCGAAAUCCAUUGAUGCUCAGGAAGCGCUGCAAUGCUGGGAGACUCUGUCGGAGAAUGCCAAAGUCGUUGACAGCAUCGAGAGCAAGUUGCUGCAAAAGCUUGAAGACAGUCAGACUGUUCUGGAAGAUAAACCAAGCGAUCGCGUCCUCGAGGCGUAUAAAGAAUUCCUGAAAGGAACAGCUUUGGGGGCAACUCAGGAGAACCCAUUGGAUCUUAUCGCGGGUCGCGCUAGCGAAUUUCUAGACUCCAAGAUUGACCUUGUUACACUUCAGAAGCCAUUGGAGACGGAUCAUCUAUCGCGCCUGCUGCGGGAUCACUGGCUGCUCAAGAAGCGGGAUGCUACCAACUUUCUUGACCGCACAGCCCUGUACAGGAACUCACACAUCGUCCGGACUGUCGCCACCUUAGACCUGAUUCUUGCUACCGUCUUGCGUGUCGCCGCGAUUGUGACUCUUUACCUGGUCUCCAGCCCGGAAGCGAAGUUGGGUCUUGUGGCGAUGUUCACUCUGCUGUCUGCUGCGAGUGUUGCAUUGUGUACCAACGCGAAAAGAGCUGAGGUCUUCGCUGCUACAGCGUCGUAUGCAGCGGUGCUA